GACGCCGUUGCUUCGGAGUGCGCGUCUGUUUGUGUACAUAUUUAUUGUUUUUUUACGAAUAACAGUGUGUUUUUUACUUGUUUAAGUAAUGUCUCCACCGAAAGUAUAUGAAAAUAAAAACGGUGAUCGGGGGAAUUAUCGAUCAAGACUAAGAAGCAAAAUCAGCAAUCGUAAACCUCCUAAUCCUAGUGAAAUUGAAAAGAAUGACGAAUUUGUUAGCAGCUCUUCAAAAAAAAUUAAACUGUCAAAAGAUGCUUAUGAUAUCAGUGUUGAUAGUACUUUUUCUUAUCGGAUCGUGUGUCUAUCUAUGGUUUUAAAUACUAUUUCAACGUUAGUGCAGUGUAAAACAUGUGGCGGGGACAUUAAUUUCACAGAGUCAAGUGCACGUGGCUUAGGAUUCAAAAUUGUUGUUAAUUGUGCAAAUUGUGCUCAAGUACCAAUUAAUUCGUGCCCAUUGAUAAACAAUGCUUACGAAAUAAAUAGAAGAGUGAUAUUUGCUAUGAGACUUAUUGGUGUCGGCUUGAACGGCAUUAUAAAGUUCUGUGCUUUCAUGGACUUACCUCGCCCCAUAUUUCAAUCUUUUUAUGAUAAAGUUUUGAAAAGUCUCGUUGUCGCUACAUCGGCUGUUCGUGAAAUUUCUUGUAAAAAAGCUGCAGUUCAAGAAAAAAAUAUGUCGAUUGAAAAGGGCCAAACCGAAAGUGUCACUGUGUCUGGUGACGGAUCUUGGCGCAAGCGAGGAUUUUCGUCUUUAUAUGGUAUCGUUUCAUUGAUUGGCUGGUACACUGAUAAAGUACUUGAUAUUAUUGUAAAGUCGAAGUAUUGUAAAGCUUGUGAUACAUGGGCAUCAAAAGAAGGUACUGCUGAAUUCGACGAAUGGAAAUUGAGUCAUGCUAACGAGUGCCAAGCCAAUCACGAAGGCUCCUCUGGUAAGAUGGAAGUUGAUGAAGCAGUUGAAAUGUUCGCGCGAUCGCAAGAGCUUCAUGGCCUUAAAUAUUCUAAUUAUGUGGGCGAUGGUGACAGUAAAACCUUCAAAGGAAUCGCUGAAAGUCAACCAUACGCAAAUUUUAUAGUAAAAAAAAAGGAGUGCGUCGACCACGUACAAAAAAGAAUGGGUUCACGAUUACGAGAAAUGAAAAAAAAAAACAAAAGGCAUCGGAGAAAUGCCGAUUCCGUAGAGAAGAUGAGGAAAGAAAUUUGGGCAACAUUAAAGCAUAAGAUGUCGACAAAUGACAAGCCCCAGCACGAUGAUUGUCCAACCGGAGAAGAAUCUUGGUGCUCUUGGCAACGCUCGAAAGCUCAAAAUGACUUAGCGAAUUACAAUCACAAGCCAGUUAUGUGUGAUGAAGUAUAUGAAGCAGUCUUGCCGAUUUAUAAAGAUCUUAGUAGAGAUGAUCUGCUUCAGCGCUGUUUGGGUGGAUAUACUCAAAAUACAAAUGAGAGCUUUAACAAGGUAGUGUGGACGAUCGCUCCAAAAAAUAGUUCUGACGGAACAAAUUUAAGACACUUCUACUGCGUGCAGUGGAGCGACUCGAGUCAAAAUCACUUCUACUAAAGCUACUCUUGCGCCGCCAUUUUGUAUUUUUUUGU